AUGCACAGGUCCUGGUCUUGGAGAGGUGCACGAACAAAACGUCCGAUGAACUCGGUGAUUCUUGAGCCCGCUAUUGCGGACUCGGUCCUUGAAGAUUGUGUCACUUUUCUGAACUCUAAAACAUGGUAUGCAUCAAAAGGCAUUCCUUAUCGCAGAGGAUACCUGCUGCACGGUGUUCCGGGAAGUGGUAAGACAUCGUUAAUACAUGCGUUGGCAAGCCAACUCGGGCUUGACAUCUACAUCGUUAACUUGGCGUCGAAAGGAAUGAGUGACGAAGUCCUUGCUAACCUCAUGGGCGCCAUGCCCCAGCAUUGUAUAGCGUUGUUUGAAGACAUCGAUGCUGCGUUCACUCGCUCUCUAUGCCGGGAUGUAGACCCGACUGGUGCCCCGACGACCUCGUCCACAACGACAGGCAUGGCAUCUGUGUUUAUUGCGCCUGCAGACGAGUCUAGAGUGACCUUGAAUGGGCUACUAAACAAUUUGGAUGGAUUCACGGCAACAGAGGGUCGACUUCUGUUUGCUACCACAAAUCACAUUGAAUUUCUGGACCCCGCUCUCAGGAGACCGGGACGUAUGGACGUCCUAGUCCACUUUAAACACUCUACGAAGUGGCAAGCUGCCGAAAUUUACAAGCGCUUCUUCAGUUCUUCUCCUGCACACCCUUCCAGAUCUCUGCCAUCUGAGAUUGAAAGCAGCGUUCUAGAUGAUUCAGAACUUGACCAACUAGCCCAACGCUUCGCAGGCACCAUCCCGGAACACGAAAUGACAUCCGCAGACAUUCUCGGCUACUUGCUAAAGAAUAAGACUCGACCCAAAAUGUGCGUUGAUGAAGCACAUGAGUGGUAUGUACUUACUGCGUUCAAUGUAUGUCCAUUCCUAAUCACACAUGUAGGGUUUGUUCCCACCGCGAGGAAGCAGAACGUAUCAAGAAGCAGAGAGAAGCGGUGA